AUGCAAGCGAUCGCAAAGACGAUGGUCAUGGAGGUACUCCGGCGCCAUGGCGUCCCCGUGCUCGACAACGGCGUCUUUGUGCAGCCGCCGUCAAUCUCGGACACGCAGGUCGACCGCCUCGUCCCCGUGGCCGAGCGACUUGUCGAGAAGACGCUCGACGACAUGGGGAAGCUUCUCGGCCCACGCUUGCCGUACCCGAGCCCACUCAACCACUUGAUCGUACACACCGACACGAUGGGCUACAGCCUCGCGCUGCCGGGGUCGUUUGCCAAGCUGCUGCACUUUCUCUUCAUGGUUGCCCCCAUGCACCGCACGAUCUUUUACCGCUACAACUUUACCAUCAAGCAGAUCACAUGCGAGGACGAGUACCUCGAAUUCGUCCUUGGCCACACGCACGAAAUCUUCCUGCGGUAGGCCAUCCGCAUGCUGGACCGG